AUUUCCCUUUGCACUUAAUUCUACUGGAUGUCCUCUUGAUGCUGCUUUAAAUAUUGGAAGAGCUGGACCCUGGCACGCCAGGAAGAGUCCCGCCAGGACACAAUGGAUAGUAGUGUGUAUGUGGGCGAGAUGAUGAGUUGUCAUGAUGACGAAGCUACCAGAACCUCAACUUCGGAAGGGCUGGAAGAAGGGGAGGUGGAAGGAGAGACGCUCCUGAUCGUGGAAUCUGAAGACCAAGCAUCAGUGGAUUUGUCUCAUGACCAGAGCGGGGACUCCUUGAAUAGUGAUGAAGGAGACACAUCUUGGAUAGAGGAGAUGUCCUACCACUGUGAAAAAUGCCAGAAAUGGAUCCCUGCAAGUCAGGUGAGAGAACCAAUUAGUUACCUCAAGGGCGAUAACUUUUUCCGGUUUACUUGCUCUGAUUGCUCAGAAGAUGGGAAGGAACAGUUUGAACGGUUGAGGCUGACAUGGCAGCAAAUUGUCAUGUUGGCAAUGUACAAUCUAUGCCUGGAAGGAACUGGCCGCCAAGGUUACUUCAGGUGGAAGGAAGACAUCUGUGCUUUCAUUGAGAAACACUGGACUUUUCUACUAGGAAACAGAAAGAAGACGUCUACUUGGUGGAGCACCGUUGCUGGUUGCCUUUCAGUGGGGAGCCCUCGUUUUUUUCGCUCUGGAGCACAAGAGUUUGGAGAACCUGGCUGGUGGAAACUUGUCCACAAUAGACCACCCACGUUGAAGCCUGAAGGAGAGAAGCUGUCUGCAUCUGCCCUAAAAACGAAAUGUUCAAAACUGUCUUUAGAUCCGAUCAUUACAGUGGAGGGCCUGAGAAAGCGAGCGAGUCGCAAUCCUGUUGAAUCAGCAAUGGAGCUGAAGGAGAAGAGAUCUCGCACGCAGGAGGCCAAGGACAUCAGAAGGGCCCAGAAAGAGGCUGCUGGCUUCCUGGACAGGAGCACAUCUUCCACGCCAGUCAAGUUCAUCAAUCGCGGCCGGCGCCAGGACAUGGUCCUUGAGAAGGGGGAGGUGGUUGACUUCUCCUCUCUGAGCUCCUCUGACCGAACUCCUUUGACCAGCCCGUCGCCCUCUCCCUCCCUGGAUUUCUCUGCUCCUGGGACCCCAGCCUCCCACUCGGCUACACCAAGCCUACUCUCAGAAGCAGACCUUAUUCCAGACGUGAUGCCGCCUCAGGCCCUCUUCCAUGAUGAUGAAGAGAUGGAAGGUGAUGGCGUUAUAGAUCCAGGGACAGAGUAUAUCCCACCACCCAGUGGGCCACUGAGAAUAAUCCGAAGGAGGGUAGUAAAGACCCCUGAGCAGAUUAAGCAAGAGGUGGAGAGUGAAGAAGAAAAAGCAGAGAGGCUGGAAGGGGGCGCUGAAGGCCCUUCCAGCGCACGCACAUCCCUUCAGGCCCAAGGUCCGGAGAAGAGGAAGGCACAGACGAAGCAGAGGGAUGCUAAUGCCGACAGGCCGACGCAUGUGUCUGUCAGCAUCUACGAAGAGAAGCUUCUGCUGAGGAACUUGGAGACCUGUCCGAAUGCUGUGGCCAUGACGCCCAGCGCUCGGAGACUGCGGCGCAAGCUGGUCAUCCGGCAGGCUAAGCGGGAAAGAGGCCUGCCCCUCUUCGACUUGGACAGCAUUGUGAAUGCCGCUCUUCUGGUAGACGGGAUUUACGGAGCCAAGGAAGGGAGCGUUUCCUGUCCCCAAGCGGGCCAUGCAAUGUACAGAACGACUUGCCAGGACUUCAGGAUCUUGGAUCGGUACCAGACCAAGCUGUCUGCGCUGAAGGGGCUUCGACAGACAGGAAUGAAAUUCCUUAGCCGGCUGGUGGGCUCUGAAGUGCUGAGUGAUCACAGCGUCAUCAGUCCCUACACGUCCCGUGUCUUGAAACCUUUUAUCAGGCGUGAUUAUGAGACCAAACCACUGAAACUUCAGUUGCUGGCUGAAAUUCGAGCACAUGCACACAAAAAUGAUCCCAGCUGGACCGCCGAAGCCGAGUCACCCCUUGACUACUGCUACGUGCGCUCGAAUCACAUCCCCACUAUCAACACGAUGUGCCACGAGUUCUUCUGGCCAGGGAUUGACCUGUCCGAGUGCCUGCAGUAUCCCGACUUCAGCGUGGUGGUUCUUUACAAAAAAGUCAUCGUUGCCUUUGGCUUUAUGGUGCCAGAUGUUAAAUACAAUGAAGCAUAUAUCUCUUUUCUCUUUGUUCAUCCCGAGUGGAGACGAUCGGGGAUUGCAACGUUUAUGAUUUACCAUCUUAUUCAGACCUGCAUGGGCAAAGAUGUAACCCUUCACGUCUCUGCAAGUAAUUCUGCAAUGCUGCUGUACCAGAAGUUUGGAUUUAAAACUGAGGAGUACAUUUUAGAUUUCUAUGACAAAUACUACCCUUUGGACAGUAAAGAGUGCAGGCAUGCAUUCUUUCUGAGGUUGCGGCGAUGACACAUAGGGUUAGCUGGAGGUUCACAGGAAAAUGGGACACUGGAAGAAAAUGUGGCUCAGAAACGUUACUCUCCAAGGCCUCUGCGUGCUCAUUUGCUUUAUUUCUGAUAAGUUGUGAUGCCCGUUUUAUAACCUGUUGAUCAUGACAGAGAUGCAGGGGAAGGUCUAAGGCAAAUCUACACAACUCCUUUUACUGGAAGGACAGAUCUGGUCCCCUCUUUGGAUUAAGCCAGUUGAUGCUUCCCAAGGGCUUUGAUUUCUCAAUGUGAACUCCUGCCAUGGUCAGUGGUAUUCUGUUUUUGUAAUUACUUUUUGUUGGAAAGUGAUAAACAUUCCUGAAUCAGCCUG